AUGUGUCCGUGCGACUCGCCGGCGAUGGCUCUUCCGCCGAGGAACAGCCGCCCUCUCGACCUCGCCCUCUGCUGGAGGAUUCAGCCGAGGACCAGCUUCCCGGCCGACGGCGGGCUGCAGGCCAGUCCCGGCGCCUCAGGAGGCAGCAGACCUGGCUCGCCCAGCGGCACCAGCGCCUCUGGCGCCACGGGCGGCUUGGCCUCGUCCAGCGGCAGCAGGUUUCGCUCUGCCAUCGGAGGCGGACGUCGGCCCGACGAAGGCGACGCCGACGAAGCCGUGGACGGCGUGUUCGAGCCCCUGAACCUCCCGGCCUCGGCCUCCAGCCUGCUGGGGACCGUCUCGACCGCCUUCUCCUGCGACGACCUCCCCUACGGCUACUACGCCGACCGCGACAACGCCUGCCGCGUCUACCACGUGUGCUACCCGGCGCUCUUCGCCGACGGCGCCAGCGUCACGUACCAGUACAGCUUCAUGUGUGGCGCGGAGACGGUGUUCGACCAGAGGGAGCUAACCUGCGUGGAUCCCUCAGUGGCGAGUCCUUGCGAGGAAUCCUACAACUAUUACUUCACCAACGAGCAGUUCGGUCUCCCUGAGGAAAAGAUACAAUUCUGUGGCUUCGAUCACCCAAAUUACCAUAAUGAGGGCCCUCUUCUUCGUGGAUUCCAGUCUGGUUCCUUAAGUGGCAAUGGAUUCCAGUCUGGUUCCUUAAGUGGCAAUGGAUUCCAGUCUGGUGGCAAUGGUGGCUUAAGUGGCAAUGGAUUCCAGUCUGGUUCCUUAAGUGGUAGUGGAUUCCAGUCCAGUUCAUUAAAUGGCAAUGGAAUCCAGGCUGGUUCUUCAAUAGGUGGAAACAGAUUCCAGUUUGGUUCAGGAAGUGGUAGUGGAUUACCAUUUAGUUCCUUCAGUAAUAGUGGAUCCCAGUCAGGUUCAACGAGCACUACUGGAACUCAGUCUGGUCAAAUAACUAACAACGGAUUCUCCUUCGGCUCAGCAGAUGAAAAUGCUAGUGUCUUCCAGUCUGGUUCCGUAAGUAAUGAUGGAUUCCAGUCUGGUUCUGUAAGUAAUAAUGGAUUCCAGUCUGGUUCUGUAAGUAAUAAUGGAUUCCAGUCUGGUUCCGUAAGUAAUGAUGGAUUCCAGUCUGGUUCUGUAAGUAAUAAUGGAUUCCAGUCUGGUUCCAUAAGUAAUAAUGAAUUCCAGUCUGCUUCCGUAAGUAAUAAUGGAUUCCAGUCUGGUUCAGGAAUUGGAUCUGGAAUCCAGUUUGAUUCAGUUACUGAUUCUGGAUUCCAGCCUGGCUCUGUUACUGGCUCUGCAUUCCAGUCUGGUUCAGUCACAGACUCUGGGUUCCAGUCUGGUGCAGUCACGAACACAGGAUUGCAGUCAGGUUCAAUUGCAGACUCUGGAUUCCAGUCUGGCUCUAUUGUAGAUUCUGGAUUCCAAUCUGGUUCAGUCACAGAUUCCGGAUUUCAGACUGGCUCAAUCACAGAUUCUGGAUUCCAGUCUAGUGGAGUCACAAACACAGGAUUCCAGUCAGGUUCAGUCUCAAAUUCUGGAUUCCAGUCAGGCUCAGUCACAGAUUCUGGAUUCCAGUCUAGUGGAGUCACAAACACAGGAUCCCAGUCAGGUACAUUCACAAACACAGGAUUCGAUUCUAGUUCUACCACAGGUGCAGGAUUCCAACCUGACUCCAUAGCAGACACUGGAAUUCAAUUUGGUUCAAGUGGAAGUGGAUUAGGACUUGGUUCAUCCACUGAUAGCGGCCUCCAAUCCAACUCAGUAAGUAGCACCACAUUCCAAUUUGAUUCAGACAUUAACGCAAACUUAGCUUCCGAUUCUCCAAGUAUCAGUUUUGAAUCUGUACCGAGCAGUAGCGGGUUUGGGUCCGACACACCAGCCAAUAGCGGAUCACUAUCUAGUUCACAACCAGCAAGUGCUCCAUUCCAGCUUGAUUCCUUUACCAAUGACAGAAUCCAAACUGGAUCACCAAGUGAAUUUGGAACGGAUUCUAACUUUGGAUCUCUAACAAGUGGAAAUAAUUCUCCAAGUACCACUGGAUUCCAAAGCAGCUCCAGGGGUUCCCCAUUCGAAACCCUUGGUACUCCUGGCUUUGUAUCUUCUUCCUUGUCCGAAAGCGUAUUUGGUUCAGAUACAUCAUUUAGCAGCGGAUUAAGUUCUGAUACAUCAAGUGGCAUCAGUUUUGGAACAGAUACAAGCAGUAAUACUUUUGGGCCAAGUACAUCAAGUGGUAGCAUCACUGGAUCCAGUACCUCGGGCAAUAAUGGUUUUGGAUCUAGCACAUCAAGUGGUGAUACCUUUGGAUCUGGCACACUGACCAGUAGCAAUGCUGGAACUGGUACAUCAAGUAGCAGCAAUUUUGGACCCAGUACAUCAACCAGCAGCACGUUUGGACCUAGUACAUCAAGCAGAAGCAGUUUUGGACCAACUACAUCAGGCAGUAGCAGUUUUGAACCUAGUUCAUCAAAUGGCAGCAGAUUUGGAUCCGGUACAUCAAGUAGUAGCAGAUUUGGCCCAAGUACAUCAAGUGGCAGCAGAUUUGGGCCAAGUACAUCAAGCAGCACCAGAUUUACACCAAGCACUUUAAGUAGCAGCAGAUUUACACCAAGCACAUCAAGCAGCACCAGAUUUACACCAAGUACUUCAAGUAGCAGCAGAUUUACCCCAAGUACAUCAAGUAGCAGCAGAUUUAGGCCAACUACAUCAAAUGGCAACAGAAUUGAAUCGAGGACAUCAAGUGGCACAGCGACUGGCAGAGGCUUUGACUCUUCAAGCCGAAGCAGACUUGGUGCAGCCAACAACAGUAGAUUUACAUCAAGCGCACUUGGUAGUAGCAGCUUCGGAUCUGGAGCAUCGACUGCCAGCAGAUUUAGUGCAACUGGCAGUGUAUUUGGAUCCAGUGCAUCCAGUGCCAACAGACUUGGUGCAUCAAACAGUGGGUUUGGUCUGACAACUGGUACUGGUUCCACUGGAUCUUCAGACGUAGUGAAUGGAGUUUUCGAGCCUCUCAACCUUCCUGCUGGAGCCUCUCGCUUGCUGAACAGCAUCUCAACCUCUUUCUCUUGCGAAGGUCGUCCUUACGGCUACUAUGCAGACCAGGAUAAUUCCUGCCGGAUCUUCACCAUAUGCUACCCAGCCCUGUUCUCAAACGGAGCUAUCGAAACCUACCAAUACAGCUUCCUGUGCGGUGAGGGUUCUGUAUUCGACCAGAAGGAGCUAACCUGCGUGGAGGAAUCAACCGCCAUCCCUUGCCAAGAAUCCUCCAGUUAUUACUACAGGAAUGAAGAAUUCGGCCGGCCAGAAGAGAGUCGUCACAACUCCAAUGUAGAUGCAACCUUAAUUGAACAUUUAUCACAAGGAACUUUGUUAACUGAUGAAUACACAUAUCAAUAUAAUGUGUAUGAAUUGUCCCGUUUAGACAUUUCCGGUCCUCUUUACCCUCGACCAGUCAUCCUCAACCAGGGUCAACUUUCACUUGGUUGCACCAGAUUUGAAAUGAGUGGACUGGUUGAGGCAGCCUUCCAACCGGUGAUACUUCCGUAUAAUGUUAUCCAUUUUAAAGUUGUUUAA